UUCAUACACAGAAAGAAAUAAAUUCAGUGCCGGCAUCUGAAACAAAAUGAGGAGAAUGAUGACAAGCAUUCGGUGAAAAAUUUUUCAUAUACUGUUAAAGAAGCUAGACCUUUUCAAUGCAUACGAGUGUAGGAUAACAUGCAGGUACAAAUGUACAAUAAGCUCCAUAGCUCUCCCUAUAAAAGCAGCGUCAUACAAUGGUCUUUAUCCAUAAUUCAAGUUCAUCCUACUCCUUUACAAAGUUAAGCAAAGUAACUAGGGUCGAUCUCGCUCUGUUUACUUCCCAAUGGCCUCUCAGUUUCUGUUGGUGGCGUUCCUUGCCAUAACUUGUUCCGUUGCUAUUGCUUCUGACCCAAGUUCUCUUCAGGACUUUUGUGUGGCUGAGCCUACAAGCUCAGUACCAGUGAAUGGACAUGUGUGCAAGGACCCCAAGCUAGUUGGAGCCAACGACUUCUUCUUCAGUGGACUUCACCUAGCAGGCAACACAUCAAACCCUGCUGGUUCAAAGGUGACCCCUGCGACCGUAACCCAAAUUCCAGGACUUAAUACUUUCGGCAUCUCCCUUGUUCGCAUCGACUAUGCACCAAUGGGCAUAAAUCCUCCACACACUCAUCCUAGAGCCACUGAAAUCUUGACAGUGGUGGAAGGUAGCCUAGAAGUGGGUUUUGUCACCUCCAACCCUGAAAACCGUCUCAUCUCCAAGGUGCUACAGAAGGGUGAUGUGUUUGUCUUCCCUGUAGGACUAGCGCAUUUCCAGCACAAUAUUUGGAAUAGUAAUGCGGUUGCCAUUGCAGCUCUCAGCAGCCAAAAUCCAGGUGCUAUUACCCUUGCCAACGCAGUGUUCGGAUCAAAGCCAGACAUCUCUGCCGAUGUUCUUGCAAAGGCUUUCCAAGUGGAUAAGAACAUUGUCUUCAAUUUUCAAGAAAAGUUUUAA